AUGGCUCGCCUGAAACAUCUCCCAGUCGAGGUACGGGCGCGGAUAUGCGAGUUCAUCGGCAACAUUGCCGACGCCCCCUCCGACUUCCAGCCCGAUCCGCGCGAACUCGAUAACUUCUUUCUGCUCGACAAGGAUGACUCCCCCUUCUCGCGCGUUUUGUUCAGGAUUGCGGUAGUCGGCGGUCCCAGGCGGCAUAUUCGAUCUCUCUUCGUUACACGCGAGGGCUCUGAGCACAAUGUUGCUGAGGAAGCUCUGGCGCAGUUCAAGCAGGAACUGCGUCCCCUUGUCCUAACAAGAACGAUCGAUGAACUUUACGACGCAAGCUACUUCCGCGGAUUUGAAAGCGGUCUUUCAUUUGAAGAGUUUCGCGACAAUCGUCCUUGGAACUACACUGCGACAGGGUUCUCCACAAUGCUUCUGCUCAAAUUUGCAGACUAUGUCUUGAGAGCGAUCAUUCAGCUCUGCCCAUUUCUAAGCGGUUUUCAUAUAUGCUGCGGCAUAUACGAUUUUAAAGUACACGCUUUGGCAAGGACAAAGGAGCUUCGGGUCAUCAAUGGAUUCGACGAUCGCGUGGAAUGCCCAGAUGAAGAGAUUACCACAUUCGAGAGCAUACCAACGUGGAACACCAUCCUCCAUCUCUUCAAGGACACUUUGGAACUUCUUGUAUUCGACGGGUACCAUUCGAGGUUUGGAGAUUCAAAAGACCGUUUUGGCCCCACGCGGAUGCUCUCUUUGGAAGAUUUCGAGAAGUUGGCCUACCUCAAGGUGCCAUUGUACAUGCUGCGGCGAGACGGCCACACACUUCGCGUGCCAAAAAAAGGACAGAAGGUUUUGGACCUCGUCCGGACCAAAUUCCCGAAGGGGUUGAAGAAGGCGGAUAUUGUGGUGUUCGAAUCGUCUGGGUCUUUCGAGGGCUUAGGUGGAGUAACUCAGAAUUUUAUUGCACCUAUCAAGACCUCCAAGGUUCGGCUCAUUGAAGCCAUCACCAAUUCUUAGUAUUCACUUGGCAUUAGUGGAUACGAUCCACACAUGGCUACCCUGUAUAUAAGUCGGAUUCCAUCCUCCUUCUCACUCCUUCUUUCUUUCUCUUCAACUAAUUAAGACUUUUACUACCACAAUGUCGUCCCCCGUAUUCACUCCCUUCCGUAUGGUUCAAC